AUGGCUGGCAAGCUCGCGAGGGUUACGAUACCACUCAGUAGGCCAUUCCGAGCCGAGCGGCGAAAGAAGUUGGCUGCAGAGAACGUGACCUCCGGAGUUUUAUUUCUGCCUCAAGGAGACCCGGCUCUACGCGAUGUAUCAGUGAAACCAAAGCAACCGGAGCGUACAGCGGCUGCUUUCUACCGGGGAAACUUAUCUCCUCCAGCUAGCGAUCUGAUGGUUUCCCAUGAUAGCUGGUAUCUAUAA